UUUCUUCGCUGCAGUGGAACGUGCCCCUUUUGAUGCUGUCGUGGAAACUCGGCCCUGCACUGGCCAUGGGCAACACGGUGGUGGUGAAGCCAGCAGAGCAGACCCCGCUGACAGCACUAUUGGUCGCCAGCUACGUGGCCGAGGCCGGUUUUCCCCCUGGCGUGGUCAAUGUAGUUCCAGGCUUCGGAGAUACAGCCGGCGCCGCCAUUUCCAGUCACCCGGAUGUAGACAAAGUAGCCUUCACAGGAUCCACAGAGGUGGGUAGACUGAUCUUACAGGCUUCCGGCCACUCCAACCUCAAGAAAGUUUCGCUCGAGUUGGGUGGAAAGAGCCCCCUUAUCAUCUUCCCUGACGCAGAUUUGGACCUGGCCGCUAACCUGGCGCACGAGGCUGUGUUUUGGAACCAGGGCGAGGUCUGCUGCGCUGCCACACGAACCUACGUGCACGUCGAUGUGUACGACAAGUUUGUGGCCAAGGCCGUGGAGCUUGCCAAGAAGAGAGUGGUCGGAGACCCAUUCGACGAUCGGUGCACACAAGGUGCUCAGAUUGAUGGCACCCAGCUGGAUCGUAUCCUUGGCUACAUCGGGCUGGGACAAAACGAGGGUGCCAAGCUACGCUGUGGCGGUCGCCGGCUCGGCACACGCGGAUUCUUUGUUCAACCGACCGUUUUCUCGGACGUCGAGGACCAUAUGACCAUCGCCAGGGAGGAAAUAUUCGGCCCUGUCCAGAGUAUCUUCAAGUUCAAAGACAUGGACGAGGUCAUCGAGAGGGCGAACGCCACCAACUAUGGACUAGCAGCGGGAAUCAUCACCAAUGACCUCAACACGGCCACCAUUGUAGCUCAUGCGCUUGAAGCAGGCACUGUCUG